AACGCGCAGGUGGAUACCAGAACCGGGGCGGCUCUGGAGGUGGAGGCUACCGAGGAGGAUACAACCGUGGAGGCUACAACCAGAAUCGCUGGGGAAAUAACUACAGGGAUGGAGGCUCAGGAGGCCGUGGUGGAUACAACCGCACCCAGCAAUCUGGAGGCAGUUACAACCACAACCGCCAGGGCUCCUACAACAAGAGUAGCUCUGGAUCAACUGGAAGCUACAGCCAAGCACAGCCUCAGGCUUACAAUCAAGGCUACAACCAAGGCUACAACCAGAGCAACUACAACCAAGGGUACAACUAUGGCAACUACAGUCAAUACCCAGGAUACAGCCAGAGCUACAGUCAAACUCCCGCUCCCACAGGACAGACCUACAACGAGCAGCAGCAGAGCUACAAUCAACAGUACCAGCAGUAUGCUCAGCAGUGGCAACAGUACUACCAGAACCAGAGCCAGUGGAACCAGUACUAUAACCAAUACGGCAAUUACGGCAACUACAACCAGCAGGGCAGCCAGGGCACCCAGGGAACACAGUAGUAGCAUCGCAGGUGUUUCAGACAGCCCAUUCCCUAAACAGCAUUCCUCAUGCCUUUUUUGUGUUACCCAGUCUUACCCUUUUUUGCCUGCUCUCUGUAAACGUUUAUUCGCUCCCUAUUUAUACCACUCUUAAAGGUAACCACAUUUGUGUGGCCCUCCAUUGCUCUGUUUGAGUUUUGGUGACAAGUAUCCCUUUUUUGCUCUUCUACUAAAUUUUUGUUUACAUACAGCUUGAUCUUUUUUUCCUCUGUGUACUUGUAGAUGAGAGGUUCGACAUUUGAAUUUAGUAAUGUGUGGUUUAGUCCGCUGCAAACAGCUCACACACUAUGAUGUGGAGAAAAAGGUGAACAUUUAUUGAGAAAGCUUUGCACGCUUCGAUUUACAUCUGAUGUAUAGAGCGAGAGAGAGGCAAUGUGUUUCUGUGUUCCAUUAGGUUUACCACUGAUUUUAUUUGUUUUUAUCUUGUAAGAUUAAAGAACCACAUUUUGCGGUAGAUGGUUAUGGGUAUUGUUCUGUAUAUGAUCAUAUGCCUGUAUGUACACAUCGAUGUAAGACCAUGUAACACUUUUGUCCAGGUACAUCAUAUUGGAAAUUUUAAUAACCUAAAUCUUGAAUAACAAUUUUCUGAUGUCUCAAGCCUGUGAAGGUUAGCAUUUUGCUUUUUAUAUAGCAUUUUUAAAAUACUCUGAUUGGUCUGAUGCACAUCUAUUCCCAUAUUGCAGAUUAGUAAUGAUCCAAACUAGUUCCUUGUGUGGAUAUGUUAUUACCUUGUGUCUUGUCUGUAAAGCAGUAUCUGCAUAUGGUUUUGUGUCAAAUCAAAACACAAUAUUUUGUAUUUGAGAAUAUAAUCAGAAGAAACA